AUGGAUUGAGUCUCCACGGUUCUCAUGGAGGCUUCAAGUACAGCCUCCUGCUCCGGAAUCUCCAACAGUCCGUCAAACUCUCCUUGUGCUUUGCAACGUUCAGAGACGACAAAUGGCAGAAGAAGCUCCAGCUGCCGCCGCUCCGGCUAAGGUUCCCAAGAAGAAGCCUGCCAAAGCCAAGAAGGUGGGCCCCAGCGUUAGCGACCUCAUCGUUCAAACUGUGACGGCGUCCAAGGAGCGGAAAGGUGUGUCUUUAGCUGCCCUCAAAAACGCUCUGGCUGCCGGCGGCUACGACGUCAAGAAGAACAAUGCUCGUGUCAAGGUGGCCGUCAAGAGUCUGGUGACUAAAGGCAAGCUUGUCCAGACCAAAGGCUCCGGGGCGUCCGGCUCAUUCAAGUUGGGCAAAGACACCAAGACUAAACCGGCUGCCAAGAAAAGUGCUCCCAAAGCUAAGAAGGCCACCGCCAAGAAACCAGCAGCGGCCAAGAAACCCAAGAAAGUUGCAGCAACAAAAAAGCCUGCCGCCGCCAAGAAGUCCCCGAAGAAGGUGAAGAAGCCUGUAGCGGCAAAGAAAGCAGCCAAGAGUCCGAAGAAGACACCCAAGAGUCCGAAGAAGGCCACGAAAAAGCCCGCUGCAGCCAAGAAAGCUCCAGCAAAGAAGGCCGUCAAACCCAAAACUAAGAAGGCAGCGCCCAAGAAAAAGUGAGCUGUCAAUCAUGUCCUACAAAAGGCUCUUUUAAGAGCCACCCACAUUACUGA